CGUACAUAUGAGUUGAAAACCAGCGAGGAUGAUCACAAUACUCCAGGAAAAGUGAGUUCCAAAACGGACUCGCAGUCCACAGAAGAGGCACUUGACCCUGAAGCCGCCGAAUUUUCUACUCACGCCGAGGUGCAGGAGGAUUCUCAGAUGGCUGAUCCUCUCCACGAAGAGGCUAGUUUUGAGCUAGAUGGCCUAGAGGGUAGGGAAGGCAUUUAUUUUCGUCGUUCGGAAUCUCCAGAUUCUUUCCGUCGCUCAAGUACUUCGAAAACACAAUUCGAGAGCCCUACAGACGAGCAACAACAUCAUGAUACUGCGCCAACUAGUCCAAUGCAUAGAUUCGAUCUCGCAUACGAACUCGAGGAUUCUCGCGAUGAAGUCCGCAGUGAAAGUGGUGGCGUAAGAUCUCGUGGGCGUGGCGCGCGAGGUCGAGGAAGAGGUGGUACUCGGCCUUGUAGCGGCAGUGCCACCCCUCUCAACAAUAGUCCUCUUGUCAAUCUAGAAAAGAAGCGUGCAGGGCGCGGCCGCGGAAGCAAACGAGGCAGAGGCUAUGGGUUGUCACGUGUCGGAGACACUGCUGAAUCCGAAGUUGGUACUAGCGUUCCUGUAACUUCAUCUGAUGAUGUCUAUGAGUUCAAAAGUAGUCCAGAAAGUGAAUUCACACCGACUGAUUUCGGAAACCGCGACGAACGAGAGUGUUCGGCUCCACCUAGUGCGAAACGACAACGUCUGACAGAGGGUCGUCCGGAGAGUCAUGGAGGAAGUGCUCAUUCGGGUGACAUCGAAAUGGAUGAUGUAGAGGAAGACGAGGGGAGUUCCAGGCAUGGCGCUGGUGACAGAAAAGUGCCUCCUUUAAGAAUAUCUUUGCCUAUAACGCAGUCUGAGGAAGACGUGCAUGGUGAACAUUCUGGCCAUCAGCAUUCCUCUGGACAUGCUGGGAGUGCCAGAAAGGGACCACGAGGUCGCCAUGGAAAACGUCACAAUGAUGCUGAUGAAGCUCAGAGAAUGACUCGCAGU